CAAGAACGAAGUACAUGUAUUUCGAUAACAAAUACCAAUGAAUAGGAAACCUAUUUAUGUCAUUGGUGACAUUGGCAUUCAAAGGACAUUCGACGGUGAUGUCAGGUAUCGAUAGAUGUAUAUUGGACACAAACCUAACGUGUUUACUUAAAAAUGACAAAAUUCAAUAUCACACGCCUUUUUCUAAUUCUCCCCGCGGCGCUUUCAGAAUUCGAUGCAAUUUAGGUUAAUGUAAAUCAUGAGGAAUUUGCUCCUCGGCCAUACAUGUAUAUAUCUAUGUUGAACACGGCUUGGAGUAGUUUGUUGUUAUAACGGCACUCUAAUGGUUUGGCUGGAUUGAAAAAAACUGUACCCUUUUGGCCUCAACAUGCCCAAUGCACUGAGGAAAUAACGUCUACUCUGAGGACCUCGCAAUACUCGAGAAAUAGCUCAUACAUUCGGCUUGACCGGGAAUACAUGUAAACUGUGCACCUCACUGCAGCGGGGAAUACCGUUAUCUGCAAUAAGUAUAUCUAAGGCCCUGACUGCACGGGAAGAAGGCUGAGUGAGCUUGGUGACUAAAAGAAGAAAAAAGAUUGUCUCCAACUACACAUAGCAUAUUUUCAAACAAGCCAACAGAGCAGUGAGGCGUGUUCACAAUAUCAGUCAUUGAGUAUUAGCCUUGUUUAAGGAUUAUUGGUAACGAAUGAAAGGCUUAUAUCUGUUCACCAUGGAAUCGAAAUAACAAAUUGAUUUCACCUUGGAUAUCACGUGAAUGCACAUUUCCGAUCGGAAAUAUCUCUUAUAUCAGUUAUACAAUUAAUCGGGGUGUCGUGUUGUACGGUUAACGGUUGUGAGCAAUAGAAGGGCAAGAUGAUGACAGUAGAACAUACGACGGUGGCCCGGGCCCAAGCAGGGCCAAGUGACAUGGCCAAGCCCAGGCGGAGUGUGGUUAGGUUUUCUGAUAUGGCCGAUGAGAAAGAGAUGAUGGACAUAGAGGAGUUCGACGACUGGCAGAAGAAGGUGGAGAUAGUCACCAGCCCCGAUGAUGAGGACUCGGGUACUGACCUUGACAUCAAUGAAAAUGAAAUGGAUGAGAUACUUGGUAGGAAGAAGAAAGAUCGGAGUGACUGUAAGAUCAUGUACGCAGCAGCCUGCAAGAGGUUCGGCGUGGUGCCCUCUUCUCAGUUCAUCCACCAGCUCCAAGGUUCCAAGGUGCACAUGACACAUCUUAACCUGGAAGAUAAUGAGAUCAAAGCAAUGUGCAUUCCCCUUUUGUAUAACACGACUGUGACAGCCGUAGACUUCGCUGGGAACCAUUUUACUGUACAAGGCGUCCGACACAUUUUGGAAAUGCUCAAAGAAAAUGUUUACAUAACCGAAUUGGGGUUAGGUGAUAACAACUUGGGACUGAAAGGAGCUCGGUGGGUCUGUCGUAUGCUACAGACUCACCCACGAAUAAAAAGGAUAGACCUGUCGGGAAACAAGUUUUCUGAGUACGAUGCUCGUGAAUUCGCCGAUAUGCUUAGACAAAAUGUGGUCAUCAAGUACCUCAACCUCAGUCACAAUCUAUUUGGAGAGAAAGGCGGCGCUCUGAUUGGUGCAGCGCUGGCGGAAAAUAUCAGUCUGGAUGAACUUGACCUUAGCUGGAAUCACAUUCGCCUCAAUGGCGCCAUCGCGAUAUCGAAAAGUCUAAAGGAGAAUGAGGUUCUAAAAAGGCUAAAUGUUGCUUGGAAUGGCUUUGGAAAUGAUGGUGUCAAGGUCCUUGGCGAAGUCCUUGCUGAGAAUACAAGCAUCCAGGAACUUGAUCUGUCAUGCAAUAGGAUCAGCGUAGAGGGAUUGGCUUACCUCCUGAAGGGACUGCAGGUGAACGAAGGUCUUACUGUUCUCAAGUUGAGAAGCAAUCCCAUUUCGUCAGUUGGUGCGGAGGCGUUAUUAAAGGUCCUCAAAGACAGUGAACAAACCAAGAUGGUGGAAGUAGAUAUCGAUGAUGUCCCAGUGACGUACAACUUUGGUGUCCUCCUUGAGCAACUGAAGGAGCUCAAGAAGGAUCUGGACGUACACCACGACUGCUACGUUCGCAAUACAGACUACUUGGCCAAGGGCAAGAAUGAGUUGAUUGCUGACCCACUCAGGCUGGUGAAGAUGUACGUCCGGGAGAGAAGCGUCCACCUCGUUAAUUACUUUGUUGACUGUGAGGAAGAGACGGAGCUGUUGUUGAAGGAGGAUCAGUUCAGGAACGCCAUAAAGUUAGCCAGCAUACCAAUCAAUGACCAACAGCUGGACGAGCUUGUAAAAGACUUGAAGAUUAAGGACGAGGAAGGUGUAGACCGCGGUGUUGACUUAAGUAACCUGGUGAACCAAAGAGAAUACCGUAGCAAGCGCCGGAAGAGGAAAUUGGCAGCAGCUGCUAUGGCGCCAGAUGAAACAGAAGCGGGAAAACAGCUAGAUCUGUCCGAUGGCGAAUUAUCCGAAGCGUCUGAUUUAGCAGAGGAGGUUGACAUCAUCUUAGCUGACGGUGGAAGGGCAUCUUCUGUUGCAGACGAUGUCAGCCACGUUGAGAAUGAUGACAUUCUAAACAAAAGUAAAAGUAGUGCUCGAAAUAGCAAAAGUAGGGCUGAAAUUGUUAGCAGGAAUGGUGCCAUCAGUGGAAGAAAGAGCAGGAGCGGCGAUGCAAAUGCAAGGGAGAGCAAAAGUGGUGGCAGUGCUCGAAACAGGAAAAGCGGUGACCCCAGCACAAGGGAUAGCAAGGCUGGUGAUGUUGGUGGACGAAAUAGCACAAGUGGCGAUGCCAGCGCAAGGGAGAGCAAAGAUGGUAACACAUGUGGUCGAGACAGCAAACUAGAUGAUGUCAGUGGUCAAAUAAGCAAAGCUGGUGACGUCAGUGGACGGAACAGCAAAAUCGAUGACAUCGGUGCACGUAAUAGUGCCAAUAAAGACAUGUUUGAUGCAGCGGAGGAGAAAAAAUCUAACUCGAAACAAGAAAGGAGUUUGGAAGAGGAGGACAAGGCUUUUCCUCUCACUGAGCCUGAGCCAACAAUGGCCAGUAUAGUGCCGGACGACUAAGCUGUAUAUGUUCAAGGACUUUUAUUGUUGGCGCCACAUUUUCUUCCACAUUUGGGUUGCGCACUAGAGGGGACAUAAAAUAACUACCAUGUCAUGUAAUAAAUCGAUCAGCUAAAGAUUCUGCUAGGACACAUGCGUGGUCAGAAAACUAGAUUCUCAGAACUGAUUUUGUGCAAUUCUGGCCAGAAUCAUUGGAUACAUGACGAUUCCGCUCGCUUUCGUUUUGAACUUGUCGGUUCACGCCAACGGUAGAAUCUGAUUCGACGAAUCAGUUGGGCAUAUCUAUUGGAACUACGAGGACAUCGUAUUUGUGGUAUCAUGGUAUUUGCUACAUGUAAACAUGAUAUACAUGUACUUAUUUUCAAAUGUGCUAUAUUACAAAUUAGCUACAUGUAGAUAUAUAUGGUCCACGACCUGAGGACGUAAACGUACUAAUAGACGAUAUAUUUAUAGCUGGCA